UACUCUGUCACUCUCAAUCUCUCUCUCCCUCUCUCUCACACACACUGUCACUCUCAGUCUCUCUCUCCCUCUUUUACUCUCUAUCUCUCUAUCCCUCGCUCACUCUCUAUCUCCCACAAUCUCUGCCUCUCUCUGUCUCUCAAUCUCCCCCUCUCUCUCUCACACACACACACAGACACACACUUACUCUGUCACUUUCUCACUCUCAGUCUCUCUCUCACCCUAUCACUCUCUAUCUCUCUAUAUCUCUAUCCCUCGCUCACUCUCUACCUCUCUCAAUCUCUGCCUCUCUCAAUCCCUGCCUCUCUCGCUCUCUCGCUCCCUCUCCCUCUCCCUCUCUCUCUCUCUCUCCCUGGCUCGCUCGCUCGCUCGCGGUACAGUACCAUAGAAACCGCGUACUCCAGGCUGCGGAAGCUCACUCUGUGCAUGGGCAGGGGAGGGUGAGGAGCGAGCAGGAGCAGGAGCAGGAGCAGGAGCAGAAACAGGAGCAGGAGCAGGAGCAGGAGCAGGAGCGCAGCGGCCAUCGCUGAUCUCUCUUUCAGCCUCCUCUUGGUCGUGUUUCUCGGGUGUGGCCUGGCCCUGCUGGGGGUCAUCCUAUUCGCGUCCUGGAAGCUGUGCUGGGUGCCCUGGCGCGACAAGCCCCCGCCGUCCUCCAGCAGCGCCGCCGCCGCCGCCCUCAGCCCGGACGCCUCCCCUAGAGGCGGAGUCUGCCUCUGCCCCGCCCACUCCGACGCCAUGGCGACGGAGAAGCUCAAGGACGCCGCCGGCCACGUCAGCAUCCUGGAGGCGGCGGUGAAGAUCAGCCACACGUCGCCGGACAUCCCCGCCGACGUCCAGCUGUCCAUGAAGGACCACUUCCUGCGGCGCACGCGCAUCUCCCGCCAGACGACCGAACCGGCGUCCUCGAACAGACACAGCUCCUUCAAGCGGCACCUGCCGAGGCAGAUGCACCACGUCACCAGCCUGGACCGGGGCACCGAGCUCCUGGACGCCGACGAGCGGCCCACCAGCAUCGGCGGCAUCAAGCCCGAGCUCUACAAGCAGAAGUCGCUGGACGCCGACGAGCCGGCCAAGAACGGCGGCCGGGCGUGCGGGCGCAUCCACUUCUCCCUCAAGUACGACUACGAGAGCGAGGCCCUGGCCGUCAACGUCCUCAGGGCCCUGGACCUGCCUGCCAAGGACUUCUGCGGCAGCUCCGACCCCUACGUGAAGAUCUACCUGCUCCCCGACCGCAAGCAGAAGUUCCAGACCAGGGUGCACCGCAAGACCCUCAACCCCACGUUCGACGAGGCCUUCCAGUUCCCCGUGCCCUACGAGGAGCUGGGCGGCCGGAAGCUGCACAUGAGCGUCUUCGACUUCGACCGGUUCUCCCGCCACGACAUGAUCGGGGAGGUGAUACUGGACAACCUCUUCGAGACGUCGGACCUCACCCGGGAGACCUUCAUCUGGAAGGACAUUCAGUACGCCACCAGUGAGAGCGUGGAUUUGGGGGAGAUCAUGUUCUCACUGUGCUACCUGCCCACGGCUGGACGGCUCACGCUCACCGUCAUCAAGUGCAGGAACCUGAAGGCCAUGGACAUCACCGGAUACUCAGAUCCCUACGUGAAAGUGUCCCUCAUAUGUGAUGGGAGGCGGUUGAAAAAAAAGAAGACGACCAUCAAGAAGAACACGCUGAACCCCACGUACAACGAGGCCAUAAUCUUCGACAUCCCGCCAGAGAACAUGGACCAAGUCUGCCUGCACAUCUCCGUCAUGGACUACGACCUGGUGGGCCACAACGAGAUCAUCGGGGUGAAUCGUGUCGGGAGCAACGCGGAAGGCCUGGGCAGAGACCACUGGAAUGAGAUGCUGGCCUACCCCCGCAAACCGAUCGCUCACUGGCACCCUCUGCUGGAGGUCAAAAAGUCUGAAAAGGAGUGGAAGGCCCGCACUGCUAGCUUCGAUAGCCAGGGCUCCUGUCCCUCGCCCAGACCUCCGUCCAGCCCGUGAGGGAGGGGUCAGCACCUGAGAACAGCCCGCCUCCACCCACCUGCCUCACCUCCUGCUGCGUCAGCACAUUUUCUACUGACCGCCGUCUGUCUGCCUGUCUGCCUGUCUGCCUGUCUGUCUGUCUGCCUGUCUGUCUGCGGCACCCCCUCCAUACACGCACAGCCCCGUUCUGUCUGAAAGAGACGCCUUAAUGCCUUGGUGGGACGUCCAGUUUCGGGAAAAAGGAAAAACAGACCUUUUGCAUUCCUGGGAAGCUUACAACUGAGCCAAGCCAAAUUGGAUUACAGUACACUUUGUCUGGAAAUCUUUCUUUUUUUAAAUGAUUGAGAACUCUUUUUGCCAGAGUAAAGAAGUCUUUUUUUAUUUUUAUUCCCGUUGUGAAAGUAGUGGUAACUAACAUUGAGAGAAAUUAAAAAGAUAAUUAAAAAAAUUACUGCUCAAUCUUUCCAAGGGUUGAAGGGUGCUAAGUAAAGCACUACCUUCAAUAGCACAGUAUGUAUUACUAAUAUUUAAAUGUAAUAUUUGCGUAAUACAUACAAUACAUUAAUGCACUGCACCAAAACAACAAUUAAAAUUAAAAACUUAAAUUAAAAACUCAUUUUACAAUUUCUAUGUCAAGUUGUUCUAUUAAAUGCAGAACAUCGCACCAAGCAGCUUGCUGGCACAUAUUUGCAUACACAGCCGAACCCGCGCAGCCACGGUCCGUAGCCAUGCCGACGCCAGCCGCAGCAGGCCAUUGUCCCACAGGGGAGGCGCGUAAUUGGGCAUUGCCUCACCCCUGUGGGGGAGUGAGGGUUACCCCCCCCCCCGUCCCAUUGUGGAAGAAUGACUCGUCUGUUCGAUCAGACACCCGCUGUCUGCCUGCCUGAGGUCUGGGGCUCCCUGGCAUUAGCCGUUAGCGCGCGGCUCAGCCAAUGGGCUGUGGAGCGGAACAGAGCCGCCGGCUAAUGUGGGCAUUCAGAGGAUGUGAUUGGACGAAAAAGAAGCACCGCUACUCGGUGUGCGGUGAUGGGGGGCAGUAGCGCACGGUAAAAUGUUUCAGCGUUAAGUCAACUCUCGCAGGAGUACAUACGAGUCCCGACUGUACACAUACUGUAUGUGCUCUGGUAAGAGUUGAAUUAACACUGAACACUGUUUUACUCCGUGCACAAUUUUACUGGAAAAUUCCCAAAUAAAUUUGACUGGAAAAUUAUCAUGAGGAGAAAAAAGUAGGUGAAAAAACACAAGUAGGUGAACAAAAAAAAUUUGUUCAAAAAAAAAAAAAAACAUGACAGAAACGAUACUUCUGAGCAGCUGCUUUGGAACAGAGGGAUAUGCCGCAUUUACAUGUUACUGAUCACUGGGAAGUUUCUUGAUUUUGCAAACAGAUGUGAACUAGAGGAGGGACUGUAUGGUUAUUACUACAGCAGACACAGAUUCUUUUUCUCUGUUAAGGAAGACAGGGACAAACCCCUGACAGUACAGUUAAUGUCUUUUGCUGGACUGGCAUUGUGGAAAACUGGACAUGUUUUGAUUCUCCUGCUGACCGGACUGGUUUUGUCAUCAUCGAUUUUGUUAUUCAGGUCUUUCUGCUAGAUCUUUCUAGCACAGUCUUGCCAACAGCCAAAAAAAUAUUUCAUUGUCAUGUGUCCGUUUACAGAAUUUUUUGCUGCCGUUCGCCAUCCAUUGCUUGGAUAAUGCUAUGUGACAUUUUAUUUAUUUAUUUAUUUAUUUAUUUAUUUAUUUAUUAUACCCUGGCACCUUUUGUUGUGUUUUUAUAUAUUACCGCUUUAUUAUAUAAAACUUUGAUGAUUCUUUUUUAAAUUUCUUUCAUUUUUUUGUCUGAGUUCACCAUUAGCUUGUUUAAAUCCUGUUAGCUAAACUACUGUAUGUGAACUGGCUCAUAUUACUCUCUGUUGCGGACAUGGCUGAGAAUAUGUAAUUCAACCACUGUACUGCUUAUGUGGCUUUCUGAGUAGUCCUAUACAUACAGGAACUGAUCACUUCCACCAGAAAAGCAUUCUGUAUCCCACCAACAGCAUAUCUGUGUGAAUUUUCAGCGACUGAUGCAAAGUGUUUCAAAAAUCUUUCUGUAUCUUUCUAAUCCUCUUGAAAUAUGUUUUUUCUAAAAAAAAACUGCUUGUUACAGAAAAUGUGUGAACCCUUUGUAAGCCUUUUAAACAAUGGAGCCGGACUUUUUUUUUUUUUUUUUUGCUAAGAUUUUGUAUGAACAACGGAAAACGCGUUAGCCUUUUUGGCAGGAUUUACCUUCGGAAGUUAAACGAAUCUGUUUCCGGCACGAAGAGCCUGGAUUUCAACCUUGUGUCUAUGUUCAGAUGGAUGUUGGGAUAUUUUGCGUGGACGCGGACAUUCUGUAAUCGGGGACUGAACGUACUUUCGCCAAAAAGAGGCCUGUUAGGGUUCUUGGUUCUCGAAGGUUUUGCAAGGCUGAAUUUCUAGAAAAGGACGUGCAACACAGGGAUUACAGUUCCUCGCUGACUAAAGAUCCAGCGCUCGUCAUGAAUCUUCAUUUUUGACAGACUGGAUACGCGGUGCGGCUCAGUUCUUCAUCUUGUACGUGUUUUGAAAUCGUAUACGAGUCGAUCUGCUUUCAAUACCUUCCGUGUUCUUUUUUUUUUUGUAUGCUGUUUGCACUGAACUCCAGAACCACUUCAAGGGCCUCCUCAACGCAAGGCCUCCUCACACGGUCUUCGGAGCUGGAACUGCUGACAGAAGCAGGGACUGAGAAAUCCCCCCCCACCCCCCUCCCCCCGCCCCCCGCCCCCACCCUUGACCAUAGAUUCCUGAGAGAGAUUCGAAGGCAGGGUCCCACUGCUGCAGGAGCUCAGACGGAACGUGAUCUGAAAUUCAAAGUCCUCUAUGAGUUUAACGGGGCAGUGGCGAAGAGGGGGGAUUUGUGCUGACCACUCCAAACGCUGAGGGGCUUUUAGUUGAUGGCUCACUUGGUGCAGCUUCUGGCGGAACGUUUCUCCAGCUCAGCCCUAUUGCACACGUUGUACAUACGUAAUGUAGAUAUAUGUGCUUUUUUGGACGGGGUGAGUGGGAGGUCAACAUCGCAUUUAGAGAGCUGUGACAUUUAACUCAGAUAGCCGACUAUCACAAGUAAACAAGACAGCGUGCGUUUACGUUUGGAAACAAUUCUCUGUUAACGGCAGUUCUGCACAAUUUUUAGUGUUUCGCAUAAAUUUUUAAUAUGUGACUGAAACAUCCGAAUCUGAUACAAGCCCCUGGUUUUAUGAAAAUUCAUUGCCGACUUGUUUUCCUUGUUAAGUUACAUUGUGUUAGACUGUUUUUCUCUCUGCAGACAGUACAGAGCAGACAGUUCUCUCUGUUGGCUCAGUUAAACUGAUUGUUCAGACUGUUUUGAAAACCCUUAACGCUUGAAUUAUUAUUAUUAUUAUUGUGCUUUGUGUUUCUGAAUAUAGUCAGCUGUGCUUUUCCCAGGCAACCUUUUUGUAUUGAAAAUUUGUAUUUGUAAUAUAUUUGUUUGAAAACACCCCCUUGUAUUUUAAAGAUGUAACAGUAAAUUUACUAGCUGUAAAAAUAUCUAUUCUGCUCUGUCUUUUUCUGGAAGCUGACAAAAUUCAAAAUCACAUUUCAAUUGUCAAAUGGAUAAUUACAACGAAUAAAAAUAAUU